AGGAGGCUGUGCGCAGCGGCUGUGCGUCACGGGUCACGUGAGGGGAGCGCGGGCUUUGGAAGGCGGUGGAGCGAGAGGGGCCCGCGGGCGAGCUGAGGCGAGAGCGGGACUGAGGACUGUGCCGGGCGACGCCGCACCAGCCGCUAGCUGCCGAGCCCUCGCGCCCCCACGACCAGCUGUCCCUCCUGCUAUGGGUAUUCAAGGCCUGGCCAAACUGAUUGCUGAUGUGGCCCCCAGUGCCAUUCGGGAGAAUGACAUCAAGAGCUACUUUGGCCGCAAGGUGGCCAUCGAUGCCUCCAUGAGCAUUUACCAGUUCCUGAUUGCUGUUCGCCAGGGUGGGGAUGUGCUGCAGAACGAGGAGGGUGAGACCACCAGCCACCUGAUGGGCAUGUUCUACCGCACCAUCCGCAUGAUCGAGAAUGGCAUCAAGCCCGUGUAUGUCUUUGACGGCAAGCCGCCGCAGCUCAAGUCAGGUGAGCUGGCCAAACGCAGUGAGCGGCGGGCCGAGGCGGAGAAGCAGCUGCACCAGGCUCAGGCCGCUGGGGCCGAGGAGGAUGUGGAGAAGUUCACCAAGCGGCUGGUGAAGGUCACCAAGCAACACAAUGAUGAGUGCAAGCAUCUGCUGAGCCUCAUGGGCAUCCCGUACCUCGAUGCACCCAGUGAGGCGGAGGCCAGCUGUGCAGCCCUGGUGAAGGCCGGCAAAGUCUACGCUGCGGCCACAGAGGACAUGGACUGUCUGACCUUCGGCAGCCCUGUGCUCAUGCGGCACCUGACGGCCAGCGAGGCCAAGAAGCUGCCCAUCCAGGAAUUUCACCUGAGCCGGAUCCUGCAGGAGCUGGGCCUGAACCAGGAGCAGUUUGUGGACCUGUGCAUCCUGCUGGGCAGCGACUACUGUGAGAGCAUUCGGGGCAUUGGGCCCAAGCGGGCCGUGGACCUCAUCCAGAAGCACAAGAGCAUCGAGGAGAUUGUGCGUCGACUUGACCCCAACAAGUACCCUGUGCCAGAAAACUGGCUCCACAAGGAGGCCCAGCAGCUGUUCCUGGAGCCAGAGGUGCUGGACCCGGCAUCUGUGGAGCUGAAGUGGAGUGAGCCGAAUGAAGAGGAGCUCGUCAAGUUCAUGUGUGGCGAAAAGCAGUUCUCCGAGGAGCGAAUCCGCAGCGGGGUCAAGCGGCUGAACAAGAGUCGCCAAGGCAGCACCCAGGGCCGCCUGGACGAUUUCUUCAAGGUGACCGGCUCGCUCUCUUCGGCUAAGCGCAAGGAGCCAGAACCCAAGGGAUCCGCCAAGAAGAAGGCAAAGACUGGGGCCGCAGGGAAGUUUAAAAGGGGGAAAUAAAUGCGUUUCCCUUCAUUAUA